GAGGCUACGAUCGGGUCGUCAAAUCGUUUUCCUCCCGAGAAGGGGAUCUCCGACUCAUCGCUUUCUCUCCCGCUCCGCUCCAGCUCGCGAUCUCGAAACCCUAGCUAGGGUUUCCGAGAUCCCUAACUCGUACGGGCAUUCGAUCCGGCGGCAACAUGGAGUACUAUCCCGAGGAGCUCCGGACCCCGCCGAUCUCUCUCGUUUCUGUGGUCGGGUGUCCGGAGCUCCACCAGACGAUUUCCUCCUUCCUCCACGCCGAGCAGCCCCCCAUCAACACCCUCGCACUGCCGGAUUUUUCCAAGAUAUCGGUCCUGGCGAGGAAGCAUAAGGAUCCCCUCGCUUCCCCCCAACCGGUGGCGGGCAUCCUCAAGCGGGAUUGGCUGAUGAAGCACCGGACCAGGGUGGCCGCUGCCGUCGCUGCGCUUUUUCGUGCUGAUUACGUUACCGGUGAUCCCGCUCAGUGGCUACAGGUCUGCACCGAUCUUGAGAACCUAAAAGCUGCAGUUCAUGGGAGAAGCAUUAGAUUGAUUGUUAUUCUUGUGCAGACAAAUGAGAGUGAAGAUGUGAGCGAAGACCUUAAAAUUGCUUUAAGAAAGCGCGCAGAAAUUGACACAAAAUACUUGAUCACGUUUUUACAAAAUGAUGCCUCAGAAUUAAGGCAGUCACUUACCAGACUUGCAAGCAUAUUUGCUGAGCUAUGUAACACAUACUAUCGAGAAGAAGGACGAAGAAUAAGAACCCGCAUAGAGAAGCGGACCUUUAAUUCUGUCGAGUUGAAUAUACGAUAUUGCUUCAAGGUUGCAGUUUAUGCUGAAUUUAGAAGAGAUUGGGCAGAAGCACUAAGGUUCUAUGAAGAAGCCUACCGUGCUUUACGUGAGAUGAUUGCAACCUCUACCAGGUUGCCACCAGUUCAACGCCUGGUUGAGAUAAAAGCUGUAGCUGAACAAUUGCACUUCAAAACAUCAACCUUAUUACUUCACGGUGGAAAAGUUGUAGAAGCAAUUGCUUGGUUCAAUAAGCACAUUGCGAGCUAUCGACAGCUUGUGGGCUCGACCAAAAAUUCCUUUCUCCAUUGGGAUUGGUUGAGCAGGCAAUUUCUGGUUUUUGCAGAGUUAUUAGAGACAAGCACAGUAGCUAUUCCGAGCACCCUACCUUCUCACUUUGGCACAUCAGAGAAUCCUUUGACCGAAUGGGAAGUGCAACCAGCUUAUUACUAUCAGUUAGCAGCCAGUUAUUUGAGGGAGAAGAGAUACUGUCUGGAUAGCUCUUUAUCCAUGACAGACUCUGCAUCUGCCAACACACUUGGAAAGAAUCCAGAAUCUGUGUUGCCUUCAGUAUUUGUUGGUCAAUCUGCCCGCUUAUUGGAGCAAGGAGAUACAAUUGAAGUACUCCCUCUUUCUGAUGCGGAGUAUAUAAACUAUGCUAUUACAGAGGCUCAAAGAUUUCAAGAUUCAUAUGAGAUCAUUGCCCUGUUCAAAAAAGCUUAUGAAUCAUUUAACAGCUUAAAAGCUCCAAGGCUAGCUUCUCACUGUAGUACUAGAAUGGCCAAAGAAUAUUUUAUUGCAGAGGACUUCAAUAAUGCAAAGCUGCAUUUUGAUGGUGUUUCUAGUCUUUAUCGGCAAGAGGGCUGGGUUACUUUGCUCUGGGAAAGUUUGGGAUACUUGCGGGAAUGCUCUCGCAGAUUUGGCUCAGUAAAAGAUUUCAUUGAAUAUUCUCUUGAAAUGGCUUCAUUGCCUAUAUUUUCUGCUGGUGAAGUAGAAACUCCCAAUAGCAAAAGGGAGUAUGGCCCAGCAGGUCUACCUACCCUUUCAAGAAGAGAAUCAGUACAGAAUGAAGUCUUUGGUCUUCUAAGAGGGGAAAAUAUAUUACCAUUGACAGAUGGAGGUUGCAGUCUCAUUAUAACAGAAGAGCAACCUGUUCGUGUUGAUGUUGAUGUUAUAAGUCCUCUGAGAAUGGCAUUGCUUGCUUGUGUUGCCUUUCAUGAUCAAUCUGUUAAGCCAGGGUCACCUACCAUGAUGACUUUAUCACUUCUAUCACAACUACCAUGUCCGGUUGAGGUUGAUCGGUUGGAAAUUGAGUUCAACCAGCCUAAGUGCAACUUCAUAAUUGUCAAUGCUGUGAAAGAUCUCUCUACAGCACAGUUAGAUAUGGACAGCCAAGAUGUUCGUGUAGAAAAUGCUCCAUCACUAAUAUUGCCCACCAACAAGUGGCUGCGGUUGACAUAUGAAGUUAAAUCAGGUCAGAGUGGAAAACUCGAGUGCUUGUCCAUUACAGCUAAAAUAGGCAAAUCUUUCAUGAUAUGCUGCCAAGCUGAAAGUCCUGCAUCUAUGGAAGAGUUGCCAUUCUGGAAAUUUGAGGACCAAGUGGAGACCUUCCCAACAAAGGACCCUGGACUUACAUAUUCUGGACUAAAGGUUAUCCAGGUUGAGGAGCCAGAACCUCAAGUUGAUCUUAUUCUUGGUGCUUCUAGUCCUGCAUUAGUUGGAGAAACUUUUGUGGUUCCUUUGACGAUCAAAUCCAAUGGACAUGAAGUCUAUUCUGGUGAGCUGAAGAUCAAUCUUGUGGAUGCAAGAGGAGGUGGCCUGUUGAUGAGCCCAAGAGAAGCAGAGCCAUUUUCUUCAGGUAAUCAUCAUGUUGAGCUUCUCAGCAUUUCAGGGACAGGUGUUGAGGAUGAAUCUCAAACCCAGUUUGACAACAUUAGGAAAAUUCAACAGUCUUUCGGGGUGGUCUCUGUCCCCGUUUUGAGAGUAGGAGAUUCAUGGUCAUGUAAACUAGAAAUCAAAUGGCACAGACCCAAGUCAGUUAUGCUUUAUGCUUCACUUGGUUACUCACCAAACUCCACAGAAGCUGCUUCUCAGAGAGUUAACAUUCAUAGGAGCUUGCAGAUUGAGGGGAAAAUUCCAAUCAGCAUAAGCCACUGUUUUAUGAUGCCUUUUCGACGGGAACCCCUGUUGCUUUCUAAAGUCAAAUCAUUGCCUGGGAUCGAACAGAAGGUCUCUCUUGCUCUAAACGAAACAAGUGUCCUCAUAGUGACUGCUCAAAACUGCAGUGAGGUGCCACUACGAGUGAUAUCCUUGUCCAUUAGAUCAGAUGGUGAUGAGGACUCUAGAGCUUGCUCUGUGCAACAUGUUGGUGGAAUUCCUGCCGACAAUGCCCCUCUUGUGCCAGGAGAAGAAUUCAAAGGGAUUUUUUCUGUCACAUCGAAGGUUGAUUCUCCAAAUCUUGAGGUUGGCUCAGUUUGUCUAGUUUGGAAGAGAGACUUGAAACUUGGUGAUUUUGAAGAUUCUGGUGUUGUCACAGAACAAAAGUUGCCCAGUGUGAUUGUCGAGCAACCACCACUGAUUGUGAGUUUUGAUUGCCCUCCUCAUGCCAUUCUAGGAGUCCCCUUCUUAUUCCACAUUAGGAUACACAACCAGACCAACCUACUACAGGAAAUCAAGUAUUCUCUGGGGGAUUGUCAAAGUUUUGUAUUUUCUGGCCCUCAUGAUAAUGCUGGCUUCGUCCUUCCAAAAAGUGAGUACAUCAUGAGUUACAAGAUUGUUCCAUUAUGUUCGGGCUUGCAACAGCUGCCACAGGUAUCAAUCACCUCUGUAAGGUACUCAGCCGCAUUGAACCCAUCGGCUGCUGCAGCAACUAUCUUUGUUUAUCCUAGUGAACCCGAGUUUAUUGUCGGAGCGAAGAAGCAAGAAACCAUUUUAGUCUAGUAAGAUAUCCUCUUUUUGUUUCUUUUGCAGAUUCUCUUGGCUUGGACCAGAGACUAAAGUUCUUUCUUCUUGUAUCAAAGUGCUGCCAUUGUUGUUUUGAAGAGUGCUUGUUCUGCUAUCUAAUAAUUUGUUAUUCUUUCCUUGUUAAUUUGAAAGCAAUUACUGUACUGAACGAGGCUGAUUUAGCCUUCUCAGAUCAAAUGCCUUUUCUGUCCUUUGCUUAUGAAACCAAGAAUG